GUGGCGCCAUAUAAUAGGCCCAAUGCUAUCACCUGCCCCCACGUGGUGUCCGCCGUUAAGGGUCCUCUUUUCAUAGACCGCGUAGCACCAGAUUACUAUCAGCGUUUCUUCUUCCCUUUUCUUGCACAGAAAACAGAAUCUUCGAAUUCAAACCAAGGAGGAAUAUCCAGAGAGAGAGAGAUGGAGAUCGUUUGGAUUUUGUUGUUUUCAAUGUUAUUGGUUUCGAACGCGGAUCAAGGUUUCAAUAUUCGUCAACACCUUUCCACCGUCACGAGAUACGAUGCUGUGAAAGGUGUUUCUCAGAAUCUGUUCGAUCCUUCAGAAGUUUCGCAUGAGUGUACACCCAUCCAUAUUAACCUUGUGGCUAGACAUGGAACUCGUUCUCCGACCAAGAAACGGUUGCGAGAAUUGGAGAAUUUGGCUGUUCGGUUCAAGGAACUUGUAAGAGAUGCAGAAAGUCGGAAUUCGCCGUUGCGCCAAAUUCCUGGCUGGUUAAGGGAAUGGGAAUCUCCUUGGAAAGGAAAAGUGAAGGGUGGGGAACUGAUUAGUCUAGGAGAAGAGGAAUUGUAUCAGCUUGGAAUCCGGGUCAGAGAGAGAUUUCCCAGUCUGUUUGAGGACAAUUACCACCCGGAUGUCUAUACAAUAAGGGCUACACAGAUUCCUCGUGCGUCUGCAAGUGCUGUGGCAUUUGGCAUGGGGUUGUUUAGUGGGAGAGGAAAGCUGGGAGCAGGCCAGAAUAGAGCAUUUGCUGUCACCAGUGAAAACCGUGCGAGUGAUACAAAGUUGAGAUUUUUCGAGUGUUGUCAAAACUAUAAGUCCUACAGAAAAUCUAAGGAGCCUGCCGUUGAUGCGCUCAAAGAACCUGUUCUGAAUGAGAUUUCUGUGGCUUUGGCAAAGCGAAAUUUUUUAAAUUUCACGAAACAGGAUAUUUCUUCUCUCUGGUUUCUGUGCAAGCAGGAAGCAUCACUGCUGAAUGUAACUGAUCAAGCUUGUGCACUUUUUACGCCGUCUGAGGUUGCUUUGCUGGAGUGGACGGAUGACUUAGAGGUGUACAUCCUCAAAGGUUACGGCAAUUCCUUGAACUACCGUAUGGGAGUUCCAUUGCUACAGGAUGUUUUACGUUCUAUGGAAGAGGCUAUUAAGGCCCGAGAAGAGAAGCACCCAUCUGGAAGUUAUGAAAAGGCGAGACUUAGGUUUGCACAUGCUGAAACUGUGGUUCCCUUUUCUUGCCUUCUCGGGCUUUUCCUCGAUGGAUCCGACUUUGAGAAAAUCCAAAAGGAGCAACCGUUGGAACUCCCUGCAAAACCUCCAAAGAGCAGAAACUUUAGAGGCGGCACAAUGGCUCCUUUCGCUGGGAACAACAUGCUCAUCCUUUAUAACUGUCCUGUGGAUUCCUCAGCCAAAUACUUUGUGCAAGUCCUGCAUAACGAGCAACCCAUUCCACUUCCAGGUUGUGAUGGAAGGGACUUCUGUCCGCUUGAAGCUUUCAAGGAAAGAAUAGUAGCGCCUCAUCUCAAGCAUGAGUUUGACAUUUUAUGCAAUGCUAAGACUGAUGGACCUAAGCUGAAGCCGGCAUCGAAAUGAAGGUCCACGCUAGUUUUACAACUUCUCGUUUGGUAUUUCUCACGUGGAAGAAUGGGUUUCUUCCCCUUGCAGAAGAGAACUUGCAAGGCUAGUCAGGCGGGGUUUUGAUAGUUUGAUCUCUUCUUUUGGAACUUGCUCUGUCAGAGUGGAAUACCUCGUUUCUGAAUAAACUGUGAUAGACACUUUUGUCAGUUCUCGAAUCCCAGUUAUGGUAUGGUAUCCAUGCUAUGUGGUAAAAAAGCAAGUCACUGGUUUUGAUGCAUU